AUGUCAGCUGACGCCUACAACGACAAAAACGGCGACGCCUAUGUCAACCUGGACGCCCAUGACACGGACGUAGGCUCCAUCAACAACGUCACUGCUAACGUCCCGCUCCAAGUCAAGAGUCUGUUCACCAGACAGCUGAUGGCUGAGUUCUUCGCCACCUUCAUCAUGGUCAGCUUCGGACUGGGCGCAACGGCGCAAAUCACGCUCAGCUCGGGCACUGCCGGAACCUUCAUCACCGUGGCACUGACGUGGGGCAUUGCCUAUUUCCUCGGCAUCACCGUGGCCGGCGGCGUCUCCGGCGGCCACUUGAACCCCACAGUGACCGUGGCAGUUGCGGCACUCGGCAUGCUGCCUUGGAAAAAAGUACCGUUCUACCUCCUCGCACAGCUCCUUGCCUCCUACAUCGCCGCACUGGUCGUAUACAUCCUGUACCGCCCCAUGCUCAGCAUCGUAGACCCCGAGCGUACUUCCACCAACGCCAUCUUCGCCACGUACCCGCUCGCAAACGUGGGCAACUUCACGUGCUUCCUGACCGAGUUUUUCGCGGCGGCGGUUCUGGUUGUAGGCUUCCUAGCGGUGCAAGACCAGCAUAACCGUCCCAUUGGUCGUCAAGCAGUUCCUGCCGCCAUCGGUGUACUCGUCAGCGCCAUCGCCAUGGCAUUCGGCAUGAACACGGGCCUAGCCAUUAAUGCCGCUCGCGACCUGGGCCCGCGCCUUCUGAUGUGGACCGUCGGCUUCGGCUCGCGCGUGUUCUCACUCAACCACUACUACUUCUGGAUUCCGCUCGUGGCUCCGAUUCUUGGUGGUGCCGUCGGUGGCAUCGCCUACGAAGGCAUGGUCGGCUACCACCACCCCACGCGCUCGCACGGUCCGUACCCGGAAUUCCGGUACUAA